AUGGCGGAGAACAAGCACCCUCAAGUAAUUUUUUGCAACGACUCCCCAAAGAGGGUCCUGGUGUCUGUGAUCAAGACCACCCCGAUCAAGCCCAGGAAGAGUGAGUCUCUGAUGCCGACCAGCCCUGGAUUCAGCGACUUCAUGGUGUACCCGUGGAGGUGGGGGGAGAACGCCCAUAAUGUGAGCCUGAGCCCUGGCUCGGUGAACGGGGCUGCCUCCCCUACGGGGACCAACACCGCCAGCGAGGCGGACCUGGCUGUCUCCUCUGACCAGAUGAAGGUAGGAUAAGUUGGAGGUUGUUGUUCAUGUUGUUUACCCUAAUAGCAUUGUGUUGUGUUGAAGUUGAAAUCAUAUCUAGGAGACUAGGCUAUGAUAGUUUUACUGCCUAGAAAGUAGCCUAUACAUAUAGCCGACUUAGACCUUGCAUUAAUUAUGUGUCUGUUAGUACACCGUAAUAACUGAUGAGCAUUUGCAUGUAGCUUUCAGUUGUUUGUUGUAUUAAAUCAUUUUGCAAUGAAUGAUAGGUUACAUUGUUUCUACUUUACAAUAGUGAUGAUCAUGUUAUGUUCAUCGAAAAGGCCAGAUACGAAUUCACUUUAGGCUACACUGAAUCAUUGAAUGGUGCAAUCUAGAGAUGUAAUCUAAAUAGCUGUCCUUCGUUUUUUUAAUGAAACGGCAACUAGGAAAGGUGUAUUUAAAAAAACGCCCGCGCUCACGAUGUGACGUGAUGGAUUUUAAAACCCAGUCACUUCCAACUGUAACAGCUGUCAUACGUAAUGUCGCCUCGCGCGGCAAAUUUUUUUACCGGAUGUGCAUGGAAUGAAUGAAUACAUGCACCUUGCUACAAUGUCUAACUGCAUGUGGCCCUGGCAACAUUCAUUUGUACCAAACAAACAAAAAUCCCUGUUUGACAAUGAUAAUCAAGUUGAUUUAUAUACUGUAUGGCAGGAAUUAUUUUAAUUUGGAAUUAGACAUUGAGGGAACUUUUGCUUUGUAUGAAGCCUUUCAUAAAGCAUCAGUAUAAAAUGAAAUAACAACAAGUUACUGUUUUAGUAAAACAAACAUUGUUAUGGAAUAAUGCUGCAUUCCAAACUGAAAGUACGAUGUUGUAAGCCUACAUUAAGUAUUCAGAAAGUACAGAAAGAUGCAUGUAUUAAUUGAAACUGUAGUUAACUUUGUGUCCUCUUUGUUUUCAGGACGGUACUCGGCGUGGCCGCCCGCGUGCUGACACUGUCCGUGAGUUGAUCAAUGAGGGGGAGAGCUCCUCCAGCCGCAUCCGCUGCAACAUCUGUAACCGUGUGUUCCCCAGAGAGAAGUCCCUACAGGCCCAUAAGAGAACACACACAGGUGAGAGCAGAGCACGGGUGGCCCUGACACAUGGACACCCAACCUACCAGGACACUAUGCUCUUCCCUGUGUUACAACCUGCAUUAGGGUGAACACAAAUACUCCAGCCACCCCAAGUCAUUGACUGUUCCUUUGGCUACCGCACGGCAAGCGGUACCGAUGCACCAAGUCUGGAACCAACAGGACCCUGAACAGCUUCUAUCCCCAAACCAUAAGACUGCUAAGUAGUUAGUUAAAUAGUUAAACAAAUAGCUACCCGGACUAUAUGCAUUGACCCUUUUUGCACUAACUGUUUUGACCCAUCACAUAUGCUGCUGCUACUGUCUAUUAUCUAUCCUGUUGCCUAGUCACUUUAUCCCUACCUAUAUGUACAUAUCAACUACCUCGUACCCCUGCACAUCGAUUCGGUACUGGUACCCGUGUAUAUAGCCAAGUUAUCGUUACUCAUUGUGUAUUUAUUCCUCGUGUUAAUACUUUUAUAUUAAUUCUAAACGUUUCUCUGCAUUGUUGGGAAGGGCCCGUAAGUAAGCAUUUCACUGUUAGUCUACAUCUGUUGUUUACGAAGCUUGUGACUAAUACAAUCUGGUUUGAUUUCAACCCCCUCUCUGUGUUCUCUCUCAGGGGAGAGGCCAUACCCGUGUGACUACCCUGACUGUGGCAAGGCUUUUGUCCAGAGUGGCCAGCUAAAGACCCACCAGCGCCUACACACUGGAGAGAAGCCCUUUGUCUGCUCUGAGAAAGGUGAGCACACAACUAGAUCAUCACUUUUGUCCCUUUACAUAGGUGGUACCUUGAGACCUUUCAUAUAGAUGGGGUGCAGAAUCUACCAAAUGGAAAAGCAUUGGCACUAACUCGGAUGUUACUGUUAUCUCCUCAGCCUGUGGCAGUCGCUUUACCCACGCUAACAGGCACUGCCCAAAGCACCCAUAUGCCCGUUUGAAAAGAGAGGACCCCAAAGAGGGACCAGGCAAGGCCCAGUCUGUGGACAAUAAGGCUGUGGCAGAGUGGCUGGCAAAGUGAGUGGUUCUGUAGGGAGGGAGGGAGGACAGGCAGAUCAGACGGAUAGUAAAAAGAAGUAAACCAAUCAAGCGAUCUCACCCUAUUCUGCACACCCCAAUACUCACCAAAUCCCCCCUUGUCUCUGUGUUGUGGCAGGUACUGGCAGACGCGUGAGCAGCGUGCCCCUGUGCCCACCAAGGGGAAACCCCAGGGCAAGGGCGGGGUGGAGGACCAGGAGCAGCAGGACCCCCGGGAGUUUCUCCAAUCAGACGAGGAGGGAGAGGAGGAGCCAAUGGAGGAAGAGAAGGGCAACGGGGGUGGCGCUACCAGACGGCGUCUCCAAGAGCAACGGGAGCGUCUUCAUGGUGCCCUGGCGCUCAUUGAGCUGGCUAAUAACCUGUCUGCCUAAAUCCCCGCCCACAUCCCAGUCCUGAAACCCUCCCCAGUCAAUCCUCUUCUGCUUCCCUACGCAGUAUGCUUUGGAUAGAAGUUUGCCUGUAGGGAAAAACAUUUACGAUAAGCUUACCCUCCCAAAAUACUUAACCAUUAAUGGGGGGAAAACGCUAAGCUGACCUUAGAUUAGUAUUUGGAGGUAACUCCUUCUCCACGUGUAGUGUGGAGCAGGCACAAGCUUAAAGCACCUUAUCCAGCUUCCAAUGUUACCUAAUUGGGCUGCUAUGAUUGUAGAAUGUUUUACUCUCCUUUGGAGAGUAACUU